AUGAAAACCGGCACUCCGGCCCGGCUCGACGCCCGUUCGAUCGACUUCAGCCGACUCGAAGAGCAACAAGGAGACGAAACACCCGUAAAUUUUCAUAUUCUACUUAUACAGAGUGUAUUAAAACAAAUUCCUUGUUAUCUCGUUUACACAUCGAAAGAAGUGCACGAUAUUUUGAGGAGCGGAUUCGCCGAUUCGCCGUUGUUCAACGGCACUAUCAAGGGGAUCGGACCACGCUACUGUCCGAGUAUCGAAGAUAAGUUGCGGACUUUCGCCGGCAAGGAUUCCCAUCAACUUUUUCUCGAACCCGAAGGAGCCGACACCCACGAAUACUACCUGAACGGUUUUUCGUCGUCGUUGCCAUGGGAUAUUCAGGUGGCGGCGCUGCAAAAAUCAAGGAUUCGAAAAUGUACAACUUUACCGGCCCGGUUAUGCGAUCGAAUACGACUAUUUUCCGCCGACCCAGCUCUACCAUUCGCUGGAGACGAAACUGAUCGGCGGAUUGUUUUUUGCCGGUCAGGUGACCGGAACGACAGGAUACGAAGAAGCCGCUGCACAGGGACUGAUGGCCGGAAUCAACGCCGUACUGAAACUGCGGGACGACGAACCGCUCGUACUGCGGCGCGACGAAUCGUACAUCGGGGUAUUGAUCGACGACCUGGUCACCAAGGCGUCGACGAACCUUAUCGGAUGUUCACCAGCCGCGCCGAAUACCGGAUUUUGCUCCGGCAGGACAAUGCGGAUAUCCGGCUUACGCCGAUUUCGUAUAAAAUAGGGCUUGCGGAUGAAAAAGGUAUCGAAAAACGAUGCAAAAAAAAUCGUCCGUAG